CGUUAACUGGGACACAUAUGACUUUCAGUUAAUAAUUCAGUAAUACACACACGGCUUUUUUCUCACAGUUUUGUAACCUAACAUGGAUUUCCCUCUCUCUCUCUCUCUCUCUCUCUCUCUCUCUCUCACACACACACACACACACACACACAUAUGCCAUGCAGUUUUACCGAACACUCCGUGUGCAUUUCAGCAGAUUUCCUCCUGCAUGUAAGAUGUGGUUUUGUGCAGAAAUUCUUGCUCUGCUGAUUUGUCGAGCGGAGGAGGUGUUUACAUCCUGCUCACAAUCGCAUCCUCAAUUUAUAACACACACCUUUAACUCACAAUCCAGCUCUGUGUACGGACAUUGUCCUUACUGACGCUUCAGUCAUGGUGUAUAACAGCACACACGGGUUCUGGGUGUUCCAGGGUUCCAGUGAGCUGUGGGGUGUGUUAGCGGCCAUCGCUGUUCUCCUGCUGCUCUCCUUCUGCUGCAAUAUUUUAUGCUGUGUUCAAAAAUGCCUCACAGCUAAAGGGAAAAAAUUUCUGCCCCGAUUCAGGAGGAGUGUGAGUCUGAAAAACAGAGAGAUGGAGGAGAACCCGAUUUACGGCAAUAUCACCUACACACACUCACACAGUGAUGAUAAACAUGAAGUUGAAACUCCCGCUGAGCCUCUCUCCUCUGCUCGAGACUGCUAUGCUAACCUGAGCCUGAAAGCUCCUAAACCCUCUGUGUCGGGCCGUGCGUCUCCUCUCACAAAGAUCCAGUACUCAGAUGUUCUGGUGAUCUGUGAGGAACCAGAGGAGAAGAUCUCUGAGGAUAAAGACUCCUGCUCGGGUCUCUCGGAUCUGUAUGCUUCAGUCGACGCAGAACGCGUCAAGAGCAAGAAGGAGGAGAGCAACGAGCCGUACGCCAAUCACGUGUGAAGAGUGUGGACAUGCCCACACUGUUAUUAAUCAUCAAUAAACCAGUUAUGAAGUUUACAGACACCUUAUUCACUAUCACCACCAUCACCACCACCACCAUCAUCAUCACCACCACCGCCAUCAUCAUCAUCAUCACCACCACCACCACCAUCAUCAUCAUCACCACCAUCAUCUACAUCACCACCACCACCAUCUUCAUCACCACCAUCACCACCACCACCACCAUCAUAAUCAUCACCACCACCACCACCAUCAUCAUCACCACCACCGCCAUCAUCAUCAUCAUCAUCACCACUACCGCCAUCAUCAUCAUCAUCAUCACCACCACCAUCACCACCACCACCAUCAUCAUCAUCAUCACCACCAUCAUCUACAUCAC